AUAGUUUUGUUUUACGUGCCAAUAUUUAAUUAAAUUGUUUAUGAAUUAACAUGUUUGUUAACACUACUUAUGCAUAGUACAGUACAACAUAUAUAGGUACCAUAAUUAUUUAUUUCUAAUAUCACUAAUUAUAUCACUUAAUAGCUUAUAUCAAAUUUAUUUAAAAGGGUUUUGUAUUGUAGAUAUACUGAAAAUAGAACUUCCAUCAAUGGCAUACAUUGGAUACUUAUUACAGUAAAGUACUUCUUGUUGUUUGUUCAAUUGUAUAUAUACAAUGAAUAAACCUCAUUUUAAUGAUCACAAAAAUCAAUGUCAAAUAGCUGUCAAUCAAAAAGAACUUAAACCUAAGGCUAUGUAUGCACGAGAGUGAUGCUUUUAAAACGUUUUUUACAAACACUCAACAACAUGUCGAAUGACAUUCAAACCAUCUUUCAUUUAAGUGAGAUAAAAACGCCGCAUUACAAAAGUAUACUGUCGUGUACAAUACAAUACUCAAUAUGUUAAAUUGCAACGCUUGAUAAGCGCGCGUUGAAAAAGUUCGUGCGAACUAAGUCUAAGGGACAUAUUAAAAUUUGUUGAAGUCUAUAAACAAAUCGUCGAAGUGGAAGAACUAUAUCCCACGACUAUUUUACCGAGGUUGCAAAACCAAUUGCAACAUUGAUAAAGUUUCUAUAUAAUGGCAGAGAAAAGACCAAAGAAACGCAAAGUUCAGUUUGGCGAAUCAACAAAGCCGGGGAAGCCAACCAGCGAAGAAUACGGGGUAGCGAAGUGGUUAAAACUUCACGUACCUACAAAGAAAACGAAGUUCCUUAAGCAUCAAGUCGCAUACUUUACAGGCAGAAAAGCGGUUGAUGCACUGUUGACGUCUGAAUGGGCGACAGGACAGAAUGCGAUUUUCAAGACGCGCCUCGACGUCGCUACCUAUAUGCAUCAGAUGCUGUUACACAAAUUGUUCCACAGAGCUAAGAAGGUACCAGUCAGUGAAAAGGAACUCAAAGGCAAAUCAAAAAAGAUGAAUAACAAAGCUAACAAGAAUAAAGAAGACAAAGACAGGAAAGUGAGUAUUUGCCAGAGUAAGGACACUGAGGGAAAGGAGAAAGAGAAGAAGAAGAAACAUAAGAUCCGUCUAGAAAUGCACCCGGAUCAAUUGUUCUUAGACACGGGUGACGCAUACGUUUGGUUGUACAACCCGAUGCCGUGGUACUACUGGCUCUACGUUGCACUGGUGAUUUUGGGGAUCAUCAGUGUCUGUAUGUUCCCGCUGUGGUCGGCUAGGUUCAAAAAAGGGGCAUAUAGUCUGAGCGUAGCGGCAGCCUCAUUUUUGGCCUUCCUUCAGGCUUUGGUAGUGUUGAGAUUUACUGUAUUCUGGUUGCUGUGGAUCCUGACUCUGUCCAGACAUCACCUCAAGCUGUUGCCCAAUCUUACUGAAGCUGUGGGCUUAUUCGCUAUCUUCUGGCCAUUGUAUAAGUAUGAAUAUCACGGUCCGGUUUCUAAAAAUAAGAAGCUCAAGAAAAGCAAGAAAUCGGACAACGAUGCAGAGCCCAUACAGCAGGAAACUGCACAGCAAAGACAACAGCGACUGGACGUACAGUAUGAAACCAAAGAGACCUCGAUUUUGGCCAGUCUAGAAAAGCGUUCAGAAUCUGAAUCCGAAAACAGACAGCCAGACAGAGAUUUCGAAAUGGUGGAACCAGACAUGGUUGAACCGGCUGACCUACAUCCCGAUCCCAAGAUAAACCUAAGCUUUCAGUGAAUACGUCUGGCGUCUGAAUAUGUCUGGCUAGCAAUAGGGUAAAUUAUAGAGUAUGUUGAUACUGAUUAGACGAAUGUUAUACUUAUUAGAUACUUAGGUAUUUCCAUGUUCUACCUAGUAAAGUAAGUUAAUAAAUUACCCUUUAUUGGGUCAAAAUUCGCAUUAAAAAUUAGUAUUAGGUAGGUAUCUAGUGGUUACUAAAAUAACUUGCUAUGGAAUAAGAGAAAAUAUUUUUACCUAUGAAAUUAUUAAUGCAUAAGAGUAAUGAAUGGAACCUACUUGAAGAUCUGAAAUAAAACUUGUGUUUUUUGUAAGUUUCCUAUUUAAUUCAUCACCAUUAGAUGGGUAAACCUACGCUCCUGGCAUAAACUGGACAAACAAAACUAUGCUUUUAUUCCUCAGACACACAGUUUUAAUUAACACCACCAGCUUUUCUUCUUAGAUGAACUUUUCGGUACUGUCGACCUGCCAAUCCAAAUGACCAAGUUCACAUAUGCUUUUGAAACAUAUACACAGUGAAACUUUCGAGCUUCAUACUAUAACGCAAGUCUGGGUUUCAAUGAUCUCGAUCUGAUUACUGAGUGCCUCAAACUACCCUGAAUCGCAAAAUAUAAGUAUCUACUUAUUCACCUUAACUUAUGAUAACUUUAUGGGAAUAAACAGAAAACCAAGAAAAAUGCUGAGAUUUUACAAUAACAGGUGUAUAAAAAUAAUGUGUAGGUUUUUUAAUUACCCAUAAUGGUGCGGGUCAAUUGUGCACACGGUACGACGACGGGAUCCUACUAUGGGAUGCAGUAAUAAAUAAUAUUAUAUUGAAAAAUAUAAGUAUAGACCGUACUAAAGCUGAAAUAUUUAUUAAGUUUAUUAUGUCACUAUCUAUUUCAUUUUAUGUUUUCUUUCUUCAUUCGAAAUUCUCGUUUAAUCUUUUUCACCUACGAAUUACGCGUGAGUGUUUAUUCACACGCGCUCUGCGAACGUAGCAAUAAAUGCUUUCUAAUUCUUCUUAAUAAGAGCUUAUGCUCUUGUAGAUAAAGUAUUCACACUACUUGUGCCUCGGCUAUACUUUUAUGUCUUGCGACACGACCACGUCUGCCUUCUUGUAGCAGCUACAAAU